CUGUGUUAUUAGCUUACAGUACUUCACAGCAGCAUGCUCUUAGCAUCCAUCUCUCUAAGUCAAACUCGUGCAUGGCCCCAGUUAUCACCAUGACUUCUCACGCCACUGGUUUUAAAGCUGAAGAUCAAUCCCGUGUGAUUUUAGGAGAUAAAGGAGAGAUGCAGACCAGCAUCAGUGUGGAGGAGGACGGAGAGAGACCGAAGAUCCUCCCGUUCAGCGUUGAAGCGCUGAUGGCAGAUCGGAGACCGAACAGCUCUUCCGCCGGGACGUCUCAUGCUCUCAUCCCGGGCGCAGAUCCAGACCGGACCGGUGCUCGUUUGCCAUUUUCUGUUGACGUUCUGAAACUGCACGAGAGCGCGCCGGUGAAGUCGGAGAGCCCGGAGCGCGCGGAGCGGAGCACAUGGAUUCAUCACCUCUCUCCCCGGCGUCUCAGUCCUCCAGCGUGUCCUCUGAGAAAGCACAAAACCAACCGAAAGCCUCGGACCCCGUUCAGCACAUCGCAGCUGCUGGCGCUGGAGCGGAAGUUCCGUCAGAAACAGUACCUGUCCAUCGCAGAACGGGCCGAGUUCUCCAGCUCCCUGAACCUGACCGAGACUCAGGUGAGAAUCUGGUUCCAGAACAGACGAGCUAAAGCCAAGCGGCUCCAGGAGGCCGAACUCGAGAAGCUAAAAAUGGCCACAAAACCGAUGCUUCCUCCCGCCUUCGGCUUUUCUUUUCCAGUCGGUGCUCACGCUCCGGCUUCAUACACGGGAUCGCAUCCGUUUCACAGACACUCGGUGAGCGUGACUCCGGUGGGACUGUACACACACAUGGGAUAUAGCAUGUAUCAUUUAGCUUAAAGGAGAUGAGUGCAUCUGAAUCUCAGCGUGAGGAAAUGCGUCUAUGUUGCGCACACAUGCAGCCAUCUUCAGCGAUUCCGUUCCGACAAAAGUGGACAUGCUUUACUCUCUAAUGGUGGCACUGCAUACGGCCUGUACUUUCACAGAGAGUUAUGAAAAUGGAUUUGGUCAAAGGUAGGUCAGGUGAAAACAGUCUGUAUCGGACACUUGCAUUCGUAGCAAUGCGUUUAUGAUCAAACGGCGUAUUUCAAACUGCGAAUGCAAACUGUUUUAAACGAUAGCAUUUUAAAAUAACGCCGACUGAUGUUUUAAUGAUUCCCUUCGAAAGGGACAUGAUCUGAAAUGUAAAAUAUUGUACAUUUGGACAAAAAUUCCACUUAUAUGAUGAAUAUAUUUGUUAAAUAAAUUAAUGACACACGGUC